AUGUCUGGUGCAAAUAAUCAUUUUCACUCGCGUUUGGAUGCUUUACCACCACAUCCUCCAACUCGUUCUAGCAGUUUACGAACUCGAUCAUCACGAUCGUCUACUACAAAUCGUAUCUUGCAUCAUACAUUGCCUAGUCGAUCUCCAUCAUCAUCAAGAGUUGUACGUCGAAGACGAGAAUCAUCUAUACAACAAAUCGAUCGAUUAAACAAAUCUACCACUUCCAUCAUCAACACCAAUUUACAUUCAUCAACUGUUCUUUCGUCAACAAAUAGCUGCGAUUCUGAUGACAAUAUACACGAUGAUGAAUUUGAUGGAAAAUCAGAUACUGUAAGUGUUAUUGAACGAACUGCUCAAAAUCAAUUGAUCAAGAAAAAUAUCAAUUCAACAAAACAUUCAAUUAAUGUUGAUAAAAUUCCACCACAAAAAACAACAACUGCAUCAGGAAAAAAACGGUCCGAUGAGAUGAUCCAACAGAAUGGUCGUGGCACAGCUAAUUUACGAUCACAUCUUCUGCUUCAUAAUUUACAAAGUUUUGCUUUUGAAUCUCAAGUAGAACAACGAGUGUUGAAAAUCAAUAGAACCUCCAACAAUCAAAUGUCUUUGAUGCGUAAACAUGCAAUUGAUAAAGCUAUAUUGAAAUGUAUCAUCGAAGGCGGUCUGCCAUUUAGUAUAUUUAAUCAUGAUGCAGUAAUUGAACUUUUGAAUUUACUUCAACCUAGUUACAAGCCACCAGAUCGUCAUACACUUUCAUCACGUAUACAUGAUCAAUACCAUCAACAUAUUCUCGACCUUAAAUCUGUUUUGCAUUAUAUUGGACCAAUUGCCUUCACCAGUGAUUUAUGGAAAGAUGUCUCUCGUCAACAUAUUAUUUCACUCUCUCUUCACACGUUCUCAAUCGACUUUGACUUUAUUUCAUUACCAAUAUCGUUUCAUCAAUUCAAUGAGCAAAAAUUGGCUGUUAAUAUACAAUCAUUUUUCGAGCAUGAAAAAGUACGUUUUGGAUUUGGUAUGCAUAUUUUAUCAGGUGUUACUACGGACAAUGGACCAGAUAUUAAAUGUGCAGCAUCUUCAAAUGUACUUGGUCCGCGAUAUGCAUGUCUUGCUCAUUGUUUAAAUCUUGUUGUUCAUCAUGCUACAUGUGUGUGGGAUCCACCAAAUCCGAAAAGAUUUCCAUUCGAUUCAAUGUACGAACAAGUAAACACAUCUCUCGUCGAUGAUGAAGACGAUGAGAGAACAGCUGAAAUUAUGCCUUAUUCAUGGCCGACGUCUAUGGUUAAUAGAGAAUGUUUACUCGAUAGCAAUGGUCAACAAUUAAUCGAUUAUUUUGUACUUGAUGAAGCGGAGUCCGAUGUUUCAACUGAAAAAUCAACAUCAAAUGAAGAUGUUUUUAAUUUACUUGUUCGUAUUAAUCGUCUUGUACGAAAAGUUCGUGUUUUUGUAUCGAUGACCCGUUUGGUUGCUCCACUUCAACAUUAUAUACAUGAACAAAUUGGUCCAAAUAAAGGAGGUUUUAUACUUGAUGUAAAAAUACGUUGGAACAGUACGUUCAAAAUGAUACAUCGUCUAAUUAAUCUUCGGGAUUUGGUUGACGCAAUGUUUGCUAAACGUGACUUUAAAGGUUUAACUUCUAUUCAAGAAAAAAAGUUUCGUUCAUUAGUAUUCACCUAUGAUGAUUGGGAAUUAAUAAAUGCAUUUCAUGAUUGUCUUGAUAUUUUUGACAAGGCUACGACGAUGUUGUCCGGUGAUUAUCCUACACAAUCAAUGUCCUAUUUUGUUCUUCAAACAUUAAAAGAAAAUGUUCAACAAACAUUAAAUCCAACUUAUUAUCAUAUGAUUAUAAAUAAAAGUUUGAAUUUUCAAUCGGAAUAUUAUGUUGAUGACUUUUUACCAAGUGCUCAAAAACUUGGAAUGAAAGUCAGAAUUUUAUUAAACUCCACUUUUAAAUAA